AACCUCGUGCGAGCACGCAGUACUGUCCUGUGGUGUUGGAAACCUUGAAACAUGGCACAGGAUUACCCAAAUGCACCACGAAAGCAGCAGGAUUUCAUUAAUAGUCAGAGACCUGCGAGUACAAUGAUAGUGGUGGGUCUGGGUGUAGCUGCAGCAGCAUUUACAGCUCGAGCAGCGAUUCGGUGGUCCAAGCCAAUCAUGGAGAGUGCCAAGAAGUUUGAAAAGUCCAUACCGCUGUUGAACAGUCACUACUACAGAGGAGGGUUUGAACCAAAGAUGACCAAGAGAGAGGCAGCACUUGUAUUAGGAGUCAGUCCAUCUGCUAACAUGAAGAAGAUGCGAGAAGCACACAGGAGAAUCAUGCUGCUCAACCACCCAGACAGAGGUGGAUCACCUUACCUUGCUGCAAAGAUAAAUGAGGCAAAGGAUAUGUUAGAGGGAGGAGGUACCAAGAGCCCACUACGGUGAUGCAACCACAAGACUUCCUACAUGUAAUAACACACAGGGAUGAUCUUCCAUGGCAUUUCUACAGAUCUCAUUCAGACAUGAACACUGUACAUUUCAGAUCUGUAUCAUGUACCUUAUGUAUGUUCUUUGAAUUGUGUAAAGGCGCACACAAACUGAACACAUAUGGUAUUACAAAAAACUUCAUAAGUUUGACACUGUGCAACAUUGUAUGGCUAAACACUAGCCAGUCUGAUGUUGUGAAAGAUUGUGUAAACAGCACACAUUGUAGGAUAAUGUUAGACUCAGAAAAUGACCCUCACCAAUGGAAAAUACAUCCUUCUACAUGUAUAUCUGUACAAUUUUAAUCUUGAAUCGCUUGCUUACAUUUCAUGUGAAUGGAGGAAAAGUUCAUAUUUUGAUGGCUUUGGAAGGCAGAAAAAUUAUUUGUACAUAUUCAAGACCUUAAUACAGAUGAAUGGACCACCUUCAUACAUGUUACAAAUAAAAUUUGUCUUUUUGUGA